UGCAUCCAAGCUGUUGGCAGAACAGGGAGCAGAUGAGAUAUCUAUCACCAUCUCCUCCUUCUCAUCAUCAUCAACACACACCCUUCACCCCAUCCCCUCCCUCUUCCCCCAUCGGAGGUGUCUGGUGACUCUAGCCCCUGUUAUCUUGCCCCUCCCUUCAUCGUGGAGGAAAGGAGGAGAGAGAGAGAGAGGCUGCAGCCCACUACCACCAUGUCCCCAGAGGCCUCUUGCCUGCCUGCCUGCCUGCCUGCCUGCUCCUCCUGCUGCUCAGUACAGCUGUGCCUCAGCACCAGACUCUGACACCAGCUGGGAUCUCAACCCUGCCAGAGGAUCCACGAGCAGAGCCUCUCUUCAUUAGGUGAACUACACUGACACUCAACUCCAACUACAGCUGCCAAAAAAGACUCUUCAAGCAUGGCUGUGGCACCCCGGGCCCUGGGGCUUAUGCUGCCCCUGGUGCUCGCCCUGCUCAGCCUUGCACCAGCGCCAGCAUUGGGAGGCUGCCCGUCGGCUUGCCGAUGCUCUUUUGCCAUGCUGCAGUGCCUGGAGCUCGAUGGAAUCACCAGCAUCCCGGCGCUGGCACCGCAAGAGAGUGAGAAUGUGACGGAGAUCUACAUAGAAAACCAAGCGGGCCUGGAGAACAUAACAGAAAUUGAUCUUGUUAACUACAGAGAACUGAAGAACCUCACGGUCACAUCAUGUAAGCUGAGGCUCAUCUCCGCCAAUGCCUUCCAACACAACCCCAAGCUGCAGUAUGUGAACCUGGCAUCAAACUCCCUCGAACACGUCUCCUGGAGGGUGUUUCAUUUUCUACCGCUGCUCAAUCUGGUUUUAAGGGACAACCCUCUUGUUUGCUCGUGUGACCUUCACUGGCUGCAGCAGUGGCAGCACAGUGACCGAGGUGACCUGGACACUCAGAUGUUGUCUUGUUUCGCCAACGAUCUGGAAGUUCCUCUCAGCUCUAUGGUGAUAGACAACUGCAGUCCGCCGGAAGUGAAGAUCAUCUCCAAACUCAGACACAAGACUCAGGAAGGAGGAAACCUGACGUUUGAGUGUAUAGCGACGGGAAGUCCAACUCCUGAUGUGAGAUGGAGAACUGAGAAUGUGGACUCUAACUUCUUUACACAGGAGAGAAUCAACGGCUCCACACUCCACCUGGUCCUCUUCCUCACCAACGUUUCCUCACAUGACAACCUGCUCAACCUAACCUGUGAGGCCGAGAACCAAGCUGGGCCCGGGGAGGAGAUGGUGCAAUUGGACAUUGAGUUUGGAGUUAGAAUCCUCUUCCUGCGUGACGCUGAGCAGCAGCAUCACUGGUGUUUUCCCUUCGCUGUGGAUGGCAACCCUGAACCAACCACCAGCUGGCUUUACAACGGCAGAAAACUGGUUCUGAACCACUUCACGUUCGAGCAGCUGAUCCCGGACACUACCGAUGGAUCGGUGAAGCACGGCUGUCUCUUUCUCAACAAACCCACACAUGUCAACAAUGGCAAAUACACUCUGAUCGCGCAGAACAGACUGGGAAAGGACAUGGCCACGGCCAAUGGAUUGUUUAUGAUCAACCCCUUCGAACCGCACAACCCCGAGGGAAUCAUUCCAGUCCCUGAUGUUGAUCCAGUUCCUACAAACAAAUCUGACAUGGACGUCACUGAGAACCCUGAGAGCCGAGUCUUUGUGGUGUCUGUGGCUGUGGGUCUGGCUGUGUUUGCCUGCACUUUCCUCCUCAUCAUGAUUUUGGUCAUUAACAAGUGUGGCCAGAAUUCAAAGUUUGGUAUUCACCGUUCAUCAGUUUUGGGCGCCGAGGACGACCUUGCUGUGUCGCUCCGUUUCAUGAACUUUGGAACGAGCCCACCUUCCUCAGACGAAGACUCUGGUCUAUCAAGCUUUGUGGAGAAUCCGCAGUACUUCUGUGGCAUCAUCAAGGAGAAGGACAUGUGUGUCCAGAAUAUCAAACGGCAGGACAUUGUGUUGAAGUGGGAGCUGGGUGAGGGGGCGUUUGGUAAAGUCUACUUGGCAGAGUGUGCAAACCUCAGCCCAGACAACGACAAGAUGCUGGUGGCCAUCAAGACUUUAAAGGACGCCAAUGAGUCGACUCGGCAGGACUUCCAGAGGGAGGCGGAGCUCCUGACGGUGCUCCAACACCAGCACAUUGUUCGAUUCUAUGGUGUCUGCACUGAUGGAGAGCCGCUGGCCAUGGUGUUCGAGUACAUGAGGCACGGAGACCUAAACCGAUUUCUCAGAGCUCACGGUCCAGAUGCUCGUAUCCUGGAGGAGACCAAGAUGCCCCCGCUGGGUCAGCUCACUCUGCCUCAGAUGCUGCACAUCGCCGCACAGAUCGCCUCGGGGAUGGUCUACCUGGCAUCGCUGCACUUUGUCCACCGCGACCUGGCGACCCGAAACUGUCUGGUGGGGGAGGGGCUGGUGGUCAAGAUAGGAGACUUUGGCAUGUCGAGAGAUAUCUACAGCACAGAUUACUACCGGGUGGGUGGACGGACAAUGCUGCCAAUCCGCUGGAUGCCCCCAGAGAGCAUCAUGUACAGAAAGUUCACCACGGAGAGCGACAUCUGGAGCUUUGGCGUGGUCCUCUGGGAGAUCUUCACCUACGGAAAACAGCCCUGGUACCAGCUGUCCAACAGUGAGGCCAUUGAAUGCAUCACGCAGGGUCGGGAACUGGAGAGGCCUCGUACCUGUCCUAAGGAGGUGUACAUGCUGAUGCAGGGCUGCUGGCAGAGAGAGCCUCAGCAGAGGAUGGUCAUCAAGGACAUUCACAGCCGCCUGCUCGCUCUGGUCAAGAACCCGCCGGUUUACCUGGACAUCCUGGGCUGAACGAGGCUGAGAGCAGACCAGGGAGCAGAGUCCAGAGGGUGGGGAGGUUGAGGUUUUGAUUUACGAUGUUAAACACUCUCUUUAGCCAUUUCUCUAAUCACAGCUUAUUAAUUCAACCGUGUUCUUCUUGAUUGAAGUGAAGUACAUCCUAUUUGCUGCUGUUCCAACAUUAAUGCUUAAGUUUAGCCUCAUCCAGUCUCGCCCCUGACCCUGCUUACCGCCCCGUCACUCUCUGGAAACCUGUCAAAUGUUUACCAAAGUGUUCAAUGUUUAUCUGAAGAGAGAUUAGCCAGGAGGAGGGACAUGCAUGGAUAGAAAGUGUAACUGUUAAUCAGCUGGGAGCACGGUGGACUCUCAGGUCCCUGCAAACUUUAAUGAGCUAAGCUCUGGUAGAUUUUACAGCUGAAAUGUGAUUUAAAAAUGAAACAGAUGACUAUUAUAGAGGGCACUUCAUAUCAUGAGACAAAAAUGAAAAGCCAUUUUUCAGAUUUGGGUACAGCAGACAGUCAUUUGUACAGUAUCGUCACUGAUUUUGGAUAAGUUUUGAUAUGGGAGGUUCUUUAAGGCUUUUACUGAAUGUAUAUAGGAUAUCAAAGUUGUACAAUCGAACCCUUGAAUAGCUUGUUUGUCUGAUAUGUGUAUCAUAUGAGUAUUUUUCAAAAAAAAAGAACCAAAUGUCAUAUAUCAGCAGUGAAAGUGAGUGUUUACAUUCAACGCCGGCUGUUUUUGCUGUCGAAUAUCAAAAAAGAAAAGAAAAAGACUUCCAAAGACCAAAUGUUUGACCUGUGGCCUGCCUGCGACACUCAGGAGCGGCGUUUUCUACACAUUAGUGAUGUUUAACAUGCUGCGUUCACAAUCAAAAGCACUGCAUUGAAAUUCAGUAUGGGGGCAAGAUGGAGAGGAGGUGCCUGUGUGAGGAGGGUUUAAAUGUAACAGAUGGGUUAAAGCAAGUGAAAGUCCAGGAGGAGGAGAACAGAUGGAGCUGAAACAGAGACUGGAGGAGAGGCCACCACCAUGGAGGGGAACAAAAACACCCAUAAUGGAGAGUUCUGAGUGUUUGAAAACCAUCCUGAUGCCUAUAGAUGUAAAUAUGAAAUGUACAUACUCUGUAUUAAUGUCUAAAAAUAUAUAUCUUCAUGUAUUGUUACUCCAGCACUUUGUAUAUUGUCUGCCCUUAAGAAAUAAACAGUCUUGAUUUAAAA